GUCCAGCUGACCAGCGAACCAUGUCAGUCUGCUCCUUCGUGGACAACGCAGCCUGACUUCCGUAGGACCGGCAAGGUGCAUCGUCCGUAGCAACCUCUGAAGCGUCUACAAUGGCACCGCCGUUAAACCGCAAGCGGCGUUCCAACGAGACCGCGCAGUCGGCCCCGAAACGCCGCCGGUCUGGCAACAACCCGCCAUCGCCCGGGGCACGCGUAAAUGUGGCUGUCAGGGUGCGCCCGCUCAGCGAUCGCGAGGCCGAGACGGCCAGCAUCGUCCGCGUGGUGGACGACAGGUGCCUUGUGUUCGACCCAAAGGCCGAAGCCGAGCCUUUCUACUUCCAAGGGCAGCGGGCGUGCGGGGGCCUGGUCAAGCCAAACAAGGACCAGACGUUUAUGUUUGAUCAGGUGUUUGACGAAAAUAAGGACAAUGAUUAUGUCUUUGAGCACACAACCAAGGAAAUGCUCUCGACGCUUCUUGAAGGGUGCAACUGCUCUGUGUUCGCGUACGGCGCGACCGGUGCCGGAAAGACUUUCACGAUGCUGGGCUCCGAGGAGUGUCCCGGAGUGGUCUCUCUGACGGCCAGCGAGCUGUACAGACGCGUGGACAAGCUCCGGUCUGAGGGACAGUCGUGCGACGUGGCGGUCGCCUACCUGGAAGUCUACAACGAGGUCGUGCGCGACCUGCUGUGCCCCAACGGACCGUCGCUGGUCGUCCGUGACGACCCGAACAAGGGCAUCGCCAUCUCCAACCUCUCCAUACACAAGGUGAAGGAGUCUGGUGCACUGUUUGAGUUGCUUCUGAAAGGCAACAGGAACAGGACUCAGCACGCCACUGAUGCCAACUCAGAGUCGUCGCGGUCCCAUGCAAUCUUCCAGGUUUACGUCACGCAGACUGAGAACGUGACGAGCACGAGCAAAGGUAUCCGCGUCUCCAAGAUGAGCUUUGUCGACCUCGCGGGCUCAGAGCGUGCGGCUGCGGUGAGCAGAAACAUCAAGGACCGGAUGCGCGAGGGCACCAAGAUCAACCUCUCCCUCCUGGCCCUGGGCAACUGCAUUGAUGCCCUCUCGAAGGGUGGGGUGCAGCGGGUGCCGUACCGGGGAUCCAAGCUGACCCACAUCCUCAAGGAUUCGCUGGGCGGCACGUGUCGCACCCUCAUGAUCGCAGCAGUGUCGCCGUCCAAACUCAGCUACACCGAGACGCACAACACGCUGAAGUACGCUGAACGGGCCAUGAAGAUUGAGCUCCAGGCCAAGAAAAAUGUCCUCAACGUCAACGUGCACAUGUCGAUGUACAGCGCGCUCAUCGAGGAGUACAAGCAGAAGGUGGAGGGCCUUCAACGCAAGCUCGACAAGGUCGAAAAAGAGAAGUCCGAGCUCGAGGCAGAGGUGGUCGAGCUCAAGGAGAGUCUCGCGACGGCCCACCGAGACGCCCUGCUACGAGGACAACAAACCGGCGGUGGCAGCAUCGUCCCAGCUAGGCAUAACGAUGCCCUGUCGACGACGCCCGUCCUUUCUCCAAGCGUUGAGGCGAGCCAGCCCAGUGACUACGGCAGGACAGCCUACUUUGUUGAUGCAACCAGGAAAAUAUACGCUGUGCGUGCAAAGAUCGUCAGGCAGAUCUGGGGAAAACGAGACCGCCAUCCGCCACCAGCCUGUGGUGGCGGCAGCAUCGUGUACAAGAAACCCGGUGCUCGAAAGUGUACAGAAAUGUGGCCCUUGGAGGUGAAAGAGAACUGGAAGCAGCAGGUGGCAAAGACUGUCAAGGUGCUUCAGGGUUGCACUGAAGACACCCUGAAGGAAUCUGAGAGGCUGGAUCACUUCUUGCAGUCGCAAGCAGCCAAACGUCUUGCUGCUAAAGAAAAGCUGGAGGCACUUCACAAUGAGCGAAGACGAAACUUCGAGUGUGGCAAAGACCUUCUAGCAGAGGCUUCUGCUGCCGGUUGCUUGGAGGCUGUGGAAGCGGAAAUAGCCGUGCUGGAGCCACUGGUCGAGCAUGCCGAGACCCAGGGUCAGCGGCAGAUGUUCGCCGAGCUCGCCGAACUGCUGGGCCAGAAGUGCAACCACUGGGAGGGCCUGAACAGCGUGGCAGUUCCCCACCUGCGCAGCCUCUACGUCAUCCUGGAGGCCCGGAACUGCUCCAGCUCCGACCAACGCGAUGCUCAUGCAGCCGUUGUCAAAAAGGCCAAGGGUCCCGGUGUGACAUGGGCGGAUGAACAAAACGAGGAGGCGGAUGGUCAACUGGACCUCGCGAGUCUGCUCCACGCUCCCGAGUGGCGACUGGCAACCACAGUGCGGCGGAAGUCUGUCACUCUACCAUCCGUUAAGCUCGACGACUCCUUUGAAGGCUGCACGGGUGACAUGACGUUCGUCCGGUUUCCGAACGGAUCCCCGCAUCCACGGCGUCACAGGCGUAGCAUGAGCACAGACAUGGCCAGCACGUCUGCAAGUCCGGCCUGGAGCUCGAUGCAGUCAAACGCCGCGAACGAGACAUUCGUCAGCGACACUCCCAAGCUGCAAAUAUUCCAGCCAAUCUCUUCUCCGCUGCCAUCCACAUCAAAGGCCGCAGCACAAUCGCGGAAGUUUGCAAAGUACCGCCCGUCCAUAGUGCACAAAGAGAACUCAGCACCGCGAUCCAUACUUGUGGGACCAGGCAGCAUUAGGAGCAAUCCUCAGUCCGGCCGAAGAAUGAUGAGGAAGAGCAUGAGCACGUCGAACUUACCCCAGUCGACGUCAACUGUGACUCCAACUUCCCGGAAUGCCUUCCUGAUGGCCAACAGGCCCCAGCAGCCCGCCAAUCGGUUCCGCCAGCAUCAAACCAACAGGCGCAACCCAUGAGAGUGCACCCGGGGGCUUAGUUGACGAGCUGAUUCUCGCUUCUGUGGCACGGCCAGUGUUAUGGAAGUGUUCAGAACAGUGGUGUUUUUAAAACGCGUUUAAUCUACCGACGCGUAUAAGCAUUUGGCCAAAAAGCAGUGGAGUGUUAUGGGAAGCCGGAACAUCCUUCCACAAACGACCACCGCCAGUGUCGUGACGCACGUCUGCAGAGGCACGUGACUUCUGCAGCUUCGAAAAUGAACACUUGUGUGCCGCACGCUUUUCGAAAGUUUUUACGUGCUUGUCGCAACAGAGACUGGUUCGGUCUCCAGUUUCCCAGCUCCUCACUAGCCUUGCCAUUGUGUGAAGACUGAACAGCUGUCGUGUGGCAGUUUUUGCACUGUAGCGUUCUUGAAUUGUCGCAACUCGCUUUGCAACCUCGGCCGCUGUUGGAAUUGUGCCUUCCUGCUUUUAUUUGUAGUUUUGGCACUGCGGACUCGCAUCCAGCCUAGGCUACAAUUGUUGGCGUCCGUGCGCACAAUUCUGCGGCAGGCCGUUUUUUUUACUUUUGAGAUUAGUGACCUUAAACAGUUCUUGUAUUUUGAAGUGACAAGGAAGCACAUUUUUUUUUUCUUGCUGCAAAAUUUGCUUUUAGCGUUCAGUUUUUAGCUUUGACGAAGCAGUAAUUGCACUGCUGUUUCAAACGGUUCCUAAUGCGAGCAGCCUUACAACCAUGACCAGUCUGGGUGGCAUGUCAUUUGUAUCUCCUUGUGAGCAUUCAGAUGUAUAGAAUGUUUUCUUACUCUGUCUUGACCAUCUCAAUGAAGAGUGGCAUUGUCAUGACGCAGUAGCCAUUACUUGCAGCCACAUAGUGUCUUUACAUCUGCUUGUGUUGAUGAAAGAAUGAACUGCCAACUGUUCGUGAUUGCCUUCUCACGUAAAAUGGUACUGACAUGCCAGCAACAUCAAUCAAGGAAUACAUCGGGCCAAGGCCAUCUCGCAAGAUGAAAACGCAUCCGCAUCACUUCUACUUGUCCCAGAAUGACAGCAACAGUCGCAGAGAGACACCUGGUGCGAUGUCUGUAGAGCUUUUUUAUUUGCUAAAGGCAUGCAUUUUUACGCUGCUGAAAUGCAGUAUGGGACCUUCUACGACGACAUGCAACUGAACUUGUGUUGAAAGUUGACAGAAGUGUUGAGCCCCUCAUGUUGCAGCUUUGCACUAAGGCUACGAUAUUUUGCCUCCUUCAAUUCUGCUUGUUUUAAAGCGGAAGAGAACGGCCCCUGCCUUGACAACUCUACAAACUUUUGUAGAGUUCCCCGGGCAGACAGAAUAAAGCCAGGCGGGACCACCGAACUGGUGUUCAAAUGUGCGUGCCUCCAGGGACUGUGUGUCAUGAUUAACGUGUUCGAGAUUUGUAGCGUGGGCUUUUAGCAGUGGCUGCCUUGUUUGUACUAAUUCUCAUGUGCAAAUGAAGCUAGUCUGGCAAGCUGCUUUGACACUGCUGUUGCUGGUCAAAGAUUCUGCGUUUCUUGUUUGCAGAACCUAACAUAUUCUCACUGUUGCUAAUUGCUAAGGGCUGUCUUAUUUGCUGUGGCGCGUCCUUUUUUUUGUCACGGAAUCUAGCCCUCAAUAUUUUAAAACAUUGUGGUACCUUGUAACUGACCCUGCAUUGUAUUAUCAAGGUGUUAAGCCAUGCUCUGUAUCUUGUCUUGGUUUGCGGAUAUAUCUCAUGCCUCUGGUGUCAGUUUGAGCUGUACAGUAACUUAACUCGCACAUCAGUUGUACUCCUUGGCAGGCUGUUCGUGCACCCCUUUAGUGGGAGCAGCGCUUGUGUGCUCAUCUCGUAACUUCACUAUAGGUUGUUUGUGUGUGUCCAUGAAUGGACAGCAAACCAAACUUUUUGUAAGCAGUGCAACAGACACGGUGCUGAAAAUAA